GCUAUUUUCUGCAAAGUUCACUCUCAAAUAUUCAAACCACAUUCCAAUAUUUUGAUAUAUAAAUUAAAUCCCAUUAACCCUUUUCAUCAAGAAGCUCAUAAUUCACUUGGAACUAUUCCAAUUUCCAAAAUUUCAUUCAUUUUUUUUUCCAGUUCCUUUCAGCAAAAUGAUGUUUGAAAACAGUGAAUUUAUGAAUGAUUUUGAACUUCUUGAAUCAAUAAGACAACAUUUACUUGAAGAUCGGGAAUCUCCUGUUACAACAAUUUCUCAACAUUCUACUUCUCUUUAUUGCCAGAACAAUAAAAGCGUUGAGACUCAAAUGUUUCCUAAUUUAUUUUCUGAUAAUUGGGAAAAUUUCCCAAUGAAUGAAAAUGACACAGAAAACAUGUUUAUUCACAACAAUGCCAUUAAUGAGGCUGCAGCAUCAGCUAUCAAAAUUGAGCCUGAAGUUAGUGUCAGCAAUAGCAUUGACACCCCAAUUUUUCCUAAUUUCUUCCCUAAUAAUUGGGAACAUUUCUCAAUGAAUGAAAAUGACAUAGAAAACAAAUUUAUUUACAACAAUUCCAUUAAUGAGCCUUCAGCAUCUGCUAUCAAGAAGCCAAAGAGAGCUCGUAGGGAGCAAAAGCCGGCUUCAAAAUUGAUGCAUUACAGGGGAGUAAGACAGAGGCCAUGGGGAAAAUUCGCUGCCGAGAUUAGGGAUCCAGCGAAGAAUGGGGCGAGGGUUUGGCUAGGGACGUACGAGACGGCGGAGGACGCGGCGUUGGCCUAUGAUAAGGCGGCUUAUCGGAUUCGGGGUUCACGUGCAUUGUUGAAUUUUCCAUUGAGGGUUAAUUUGGGUGAACCGGAACCGGUUAGGGUUGGUUCGAAGAGGUCAUCGAUGUCGCCAGAGAGUUCUUCGUCCUCGUCGUCCGAAGAUGCAUCGACGAAGAGGAUGAAGAAGGUUGCUCAGCUAUAUAAUUGAGGAGGCAGUGGUAAAAAAAUGUGGGGUAUUUGGGUUUUUUGAAUUUGUAUAUUUUCACGCAAUAGGUGUGAAUUCAAUUUUUAUUAAGCUAUUUCCUAAUUCUCUUUGUAGA